AUGACCGCCCAGUUCCACUCUCUCCAAGACAAAGUCGCCAUCGUCACGGGUAGCUCCCGUGGUAUUGGUGCCGGUAUAGCCUAUGAACUCGCCCGACGGGGGGCAAAGGUAGCAAUUACAUACACCACCUCCAACAGCACAAAACAAGCACACCACCUCAUCCAACAAAUCCAAUCCCUUUCUACAUCUGCAAUAGCCAUAAAAGCCGACCUACGCAACCCCUCAUCCGCCACGCAAAUCGUCCACGAAACAACCCACGCAUUCGGUCCUCACAUUGACAUCCUCGUUAACAACGCCGCUGUCGAACUGGUAAAGCCUAUCCCCGACAUCGAAGGCUCCGAUUUCGACUACGUCUUUGAGCUGAACGUUCGCGCGCCCGCGCUUAUGGUGCAGGCUGUGCUGCCGUAUCUCCGCGCGCCGGGUCGGAUCAUCAAUAUUGGUUCUGUGGCUGCGAGGUGCGGGUUUGCGCGCAUGUCGGUGUACUGUGCGUCUAAGGCUGCGCUUGAGGGGUUGACGAGGUCUUGGGCGGCGGAGUUGGGGAUGGCCGGGCAUACGGUGAAUCAGGUGAAUCCUGGGCCGACGGCGACGGAGAUGUUGGAGAAUAUUCCGGGGGAGAUAGUGGAUAUGCAAAAGGCGCAGACGCCGGUGGAGAGGCGGAUUGGGAGGGUGGAUGAUGUUGCGCAGGUGGUGGGUUGGUUGGGGAGUGAGGAGAGUCGGUGGAUUACGGGGCAGGUUGUUGCGGCUACGGGGGGGUGGGCGAUGUAUUAG